AAACUAAGGCCGCAGUCUAAGGCAGGUUUGGGUUUGCGGAGACCGCGGGAGCUAUGGCGCAGAAACCGCUCAGCAACGCGGCCGCAGAGCGCAUGAACCUUGUGGCCCAGGACGAGAUCUGGAAAUGCCGUCUGAGGGCCGAAACGGAAGCCCGGCAAAACUGGCCAGCAAAAUGGGGAUAUUUGACAACCUCCAUGAAAGAGCUGCUUGAGGGUGAAGAAGAGUCACAAAUGCCAAAGCCCAAGAUUGAGCUUCCCAGCCACUUCCGCGUCCGUCCAGUGAGCCCCAUGGAUAAAUACAUCAAGAUUGUCCCAUCGCCCCCAAUCCCAAAGACCACCCAGGGCUUCAUCGGAUGGCGAUCUGGGGUGCCAGCCCUGUACUGCUUGGAGCAAUACUCAGACGUCCGAAGCUGCAAAGGGGCUUACGCCCGAGAACUGUGCUGGCCCAAGCAAGGCGUGCACUAAGCACCACCAGCAUCUGCCUUGGGCAGGGUGUGCGCUGCGCCUGGGCGAUCAGCCCUGAGGACAGUUCCCCACACCUCUGCCCAAGGGAUGCUUUGAAGAACAACAGUUUGCCGUGGGCACUGACGUUUGUUGGUGCUCCUGCCAUUCUUGGCUAAUGUAGGGUAAAAAUAAAUACCCUGGUUUCUUUG